AUGCCAACUACUUGGAGCGGUAUGAACUCUACACCCGCUCCUCCUGCCGGUGCUGCCAACCAACCUGUCAGCCCUGCUACUUCAACUGUUGGCAAUACUGCCGGUACGCCCGCCAAUGCUACCGCGCCACCUGGUCGUACCCUUGCAAGCCUUGAGUUUGCUGUCACAACCCUCUUUCGAGAGCCCCUAGACAGCCCACUCAUGCGUGCUCUUUGUCGCGAUGGAUGCUUGCACUUCAUGCACCUCCUCUCCUACAACAAGAAUGAGCUCCUUGCAUUGAAGUACGAUGCACCCAUCAUUGACCAAUAUGGGGUGGAUACUGGCCAAACUCAGCUUACUCAGCUUGAGCGGCCCCAUCGUGGCACUCUUCGGGCUUUACUUGGGUAUGCUUACCUUUGUCAAAACGUCCAUGGCAAUCCGAUCGCCCCGAUCAAUUGCAUGAACAUUGACGUACAAGCGUUCUUCAAUUAUCAAUGUAGUGGUGACUUUAUAGUUUUUAAUAAGUCCCUUUUACCACAACCUCUUGUUCCCAAACCUGCUCAUCGCCAACCUGUUGACUCGUCGUCCGCUACUCUCCUUCCAACACAGAAGGCGACAAGUUCAGACAGUCACCUAGCCACCAUACGCAACGAAUUUGCACCCAAACAUGGGGAGUUACAACGGCCGAUGAGCGACGAAUCAGACCGCCAAUCUACAGUAGACGUAAAAAGUAAUCAGUAUAGUGACACUACUAGUCCUACUACUAAUGAUUCUUCCGCUCUACAACCUAGUAUUCGCACGUCUGAUGGUAUCAAUAUACUCACUGGUGGUCGUGCUGAUCAACUUGUUAGCACACCAAGCACCAUGAGUAGACUGACACUGGACGAACUUGACAUCACCCAUCAUGUCACAUUCGACUCCAAGCUUGAAUGGGACCAAACUCUAUUGGAUCCCAACAUUGACAAGCUAGGCGAACAAAUCUUCCAUUCUAAAAUCGAUCGCAACUCAAACUAUUUUAGUCUUGAAUGGGACCAAACCUUAUUGGACCCACAUAAUGGUGAUCUUGCGAACUUGUCCAGUCUUGAGUGGGACCAAACCUU